AUGGGUCAUAAAUCCAAAUUCACGUUUCCCGUACCAGGACGGAGGUCCAAACAGUCAUCAGCUCCGGCAAACAUCUCGGCCCCGCUCACGAAAGCCCAGAGGAUAUUGGGUACCGGUGAGAUCAAUAUAGACGCGCCUAUGCUGCCUAGAGGAGACCCGCGGCCGUGGGAUGCGAGUUCAAUGUCAGGCAUCAGCAUCUCAGUUUCGGAUAGCAGCGUCACCAACACAAACGAUCAUCACAUGGGGUUUCUAGGCGAGGAAGACGAUGAGCUGAGGGCCAUAAGACAUGGCCCUGGUCAGAUGACCUGGGAUCAGGAAUCCGACAUCAUUCCUGUCCACUUGCGCAGCGGGUUGGGUGAAGCCGCGAGGACUCUGAGAAUGCAGAGGUCAGCCAUGACGCUGGGGCGUGAAUACAUGACGGACGGCUCAAGUCUUCGGCGUCGGCAGUCGAGUUCGUCCACCAUUUUGACCUACUACGAGAAGAACAAAGUCCCUCUAUCUAUAUCACAACAAACGUCAAGCUCGGCAAUGGCAAAGGGUUUGCCAACCAAGGCGAGCAACGUCCUCGAUGUGGAUGGAAAGCUAGGAGAUGCGACGGGCAGCAAGAAGAAGAAGCCCUCCAGGUUGGAUCUCUCGUUGCUGAGGUCCCGUAGCCGCAAGAGGGGACUUGCUCCAGUUGGGCCCGUACUGGGAAACGACUACGUGAUGGCCUCACCAACCUCCAUGUCGCCGGUGUCUGCACAAGAUACCUCGGCUCCUCCGCUGCCACAGCGAGGACUCAGCCAUAAAACCUCGAUGCGGAGCUGGAGGCAAGCUGCCGGCGGCGUCAUCAGCCCUCUCACCAACAACCCAUCCCGCAUGCGGGGCACAAACGAUGUGUCGGGUUUGCAGCAACUACACGAUCAUUACGAACAGGUCUCAAUGCGUCAGGUCCCAUGGAUUCCGAGGCCCCCUCAAUUCGAGCCCCUUACGUUGGGAUCGGCCCUAGAGCCCUCACCAGCCCUCGCCUCGCCAGUGACCCUCGCCGCGCCUCUAGCUUCUCACCCAGUGAUACUCCAAUCAGGCGAAUGCUGGCAUGCACAUGCCCGGAAAGACUCCACCGGGAGCCGGAACACCAUGGGAAGCGGAGGCAGUCGAAUGGCACUGCCGUCCCACCUCACACCAAGCCAGGACUAUGCAUCGAGCCUGUCCAGUCGGCACACCCGCACAUCAAAGACAUCAAAAACAUCACGCACGUUAGAUUCUGACUUGCAACAGAACAGUGUUUUGUCUUUAUCGGACUCCGAGUCGGAUGAAGACGACUUCAGCGAAACGGGCCCCAAAUCAUCAGUAUCUUCUCACGGUAAUCUCUCUCACGACGACGUCUUCGCACCUUCGAUCGUGGAAACGCGGAAAUCACCACUAUCUGGACCUCCAGUAGUCCCUACUGCUGAAUCCGAUAAGGCCAAACACACCGACUUCACGCCACUGAACGACUAUCUCACCAUACCGGGCUCCAGUAGCAGCAGCAGUGGCCGAGGGCCAAGUACGCGAAUGCCGUCAAACGGUACGCUUCGCUCCAACUCAUCGUCUACCAGUACAACCACCGCUAUUCCUCACGUGUCUUCCGUCGUGGCACCAGGCCGCUCAUCUCAUUUCUCCGUCAUGUCUAACAGCACUAUCGACUCCAUAUCACCACCACCAAAGGGUUAUGGCGUACAUGAGGCCAAGGCCAUUUCCAUUGUUCCACUGACGUCAACUGCAGAAGCUGCCAUGGCAGGCGUCUUGCCCCAAACACCCAAAAGCACUGAGCGGGCCAGGAUGGCACCGAUACCUGAGCGGCACCGAAAAUCGGAUCAACCCACUCCACCUUUAUCGCCGGCAAACAUGGAAGCCUACCUGAGGUCAGCCGCUUCUAUGCCCGAGGAAGGAGACAAGGUGGAAGACGGGCACAACGCCAGAUAUAUGGCGGUGACGAAACAGGAGGAGAUGCUGCUGGCGGCGCUGCGUGCUAAGAAAGCUAAGAUGCGUGAAAGCACGCACACAGACGUUGAAGCUGCCCGAAGCAGUCGUGGUACCAGUAAUGCAUCGGGCAGAAGCAGCAACGCGAGUCAUAGUCGCGAUGGCAGUGGAGUCGUCCCUGAAAUUGUCGAUAAGCCCAAGGUUAUGGAUUCCUCUAGUGCACAUCUGGGACCACGUCCACCCAUGUUUCCAUCAAGGAGUUCUUCGCUUCUGCCAGGCUUGAAGGAUUUGACCAAAAUAAAUGGUGGGACACAAGGACGCAAGACUCACAAGACUAGCCCUCGCGCUCCUGGAGUUAGUGCGCCCAUCGAUCGCAGUGAAUUGACGAGAAAGCGCUUCGAAUUAGCACUUCAAAGGGUCAGAGAACAGGGCACUUUCAAAGAGCGACAGGAAGAGCGACAACGUCUACACCAAAUCGAGCUGCAGAAGGAGCAGCAGCAUCACCGCUAUCCUUACCACUCGCAGCAGCAUCACCGCUAUCCUUACCACUCGCAGCAGAAGCAGCCACAGCACCCGUACCAAAACCAUCUGGAAGAAUCGAUACCGCUGUACUUGGACCGAUCAAAGAACAAAGGUCACGCAGCUAUCAGCCCAAGCGCCACCAGCGAUUUCAUCAACUUUUCAGGCGACAGUGAUGAUGAUGAGCCCUCUCAGCCUCUAUCGAGACGUAGCAACCUGGACAUGCCCGACUACGCUUACAGUAAGAGGUCAAGCGCGUCCUCGAGACAGGAGUCGAACAUCUUUAACUCCCGAAGCCCCUUCGAAAUCCAACUCCAAAGGUUACCGCAAGAUGCAAAUUAUGAUAUUGACGCGGACGACCAUGAGCACGAUUUCGAUGGGUUUUCCGACGUUAUGGAGCACGAUAGCCUCGGAAGCUUACGGGGCCCCGGCACGGCGAGGCCCGACAGUCCUGUCUCCCUAGCACCUGGAAAUCGAAAUCGGCUUUACGUCCCGGGCCAAGGUCACAUUCGGGGGAAGAAGAGCGCCGUCAGAUUGAGCGCCGUUGGUCGCGCUCCUUCUCCGGGGCCCUUGGAAAACCCUUGGUGGGGCGACGACGAUUGA